UCAUCGUCCGCCUCAGCCGAUUCUCAUCAUCGUCCUCCGUCUCAGCCUCGCCUUCAGUCCCUUCCUCGCUUCUCAUUCUGAGCCUCGAUCUCGUGCUCAUCCACCGGCGCUCUCCACUCCACAAACGGCGUGCCGCACCGCAAUCCUUGCCCUCGUGAUCAGUGCACACGCCCGCUCGUCAUAGCGCGCGCUGCGCCGCGCCGCGCUGCGCUGUUGGCAGCGCAAUGUCCGCCAUGUCGGCGUCGCUGUCGACGAGCUCCAGUGCCAGCUCGGGCACCUCGAUUCCCAUCGUCGCCGCGCCUCAGCGGCCGGCGACACACGUCCUGUCCGCGCGCGAGUCCCAUCCUUCGACGAUCCUUGAGCGCCUGAAGCCGUACACCGUGGCCAGCUUGCCGCACGAGGCUGUCGCUGAGCUCGACGUCUCGCACACGCCACUCGGCGAUGACGGCGCACGCACACUGCUCGCCUGGCUGGUCGCGCGCCGCGCUGCAUGGCCAAAGCAUCUGCUCGAUGCAUGCGCUGCGCAGUUGCCUGCGAACAAGGCUUGCUUCGACGACUAUCUCAACGACAGCACCAACGACGCCAAGCAGAGAGAGCAGAGAGAACACCGCAAGGCCAGCCGGCUGCAGAAGAUGCGUCUGCUGGGCGGCGGGCAUGAAUUGUUGGAACAUGCGUUCAGAGUCCCUUUCGAGACCACACCGGCGAGCGAGGAGUGUUCGUUCAAGCUGCGCACGCUACUGCUCUCCUCCACUGAGCUCACGUCCACUGCACUGCGCUCUUUGGCGGAGUACGUGCGCGGCAACGCUGCGCUCAAUACGCUUGAGCUGCAGGACAACGACCUGGGCGGAGACUCGUGGCCCCUCGCCUUCCUCGCGCGCACGCUCUUCUUCUCCGGCCUGCGCCACCUGAACCUGGCGUCGGCCAAGCUAGAUGUGCACGACUUUGUCACGUUUCUCGACUCUCUUCGAUCUGCCUCUCUCCGACAGCUCCACCUCUCAGUAGCGCUGGCCAACAACAUCCCCUCGUCCGACGCUCGCACGGCAGCAGCUGCUGUCGCGCGCCUGCUGCGCCAUCGUGACGGCUCGUCUGCUAUCGCAGAGCAGGGAGUGGGCUGGGCGCCUCAGCUAGAGAAGCUCUCGCUGAACGGCAACGAGUUCACAUGGAAGGGGGUGCGUGCCAUCGUCGCUGCCGUGCUCGGCGCCGUGCCUCCAGACGAAGCUGGCUCGCUCGACGCUCCGAAGCCCAACCGCGUGCUCCUGCACCUCGAGCUCUUCGCCACCAUGUCGGACGAGCGCCCGUCCUCCGACUCGGAAGAGGAGCAGGGAGAGGCUGAGCGAGGCGGCGUGGCCCAUCGUGCCGGCAGGCCACUGAGCAUCUCAAGUUCGCUGCGCGCUCAGGCGCAAGAAGCUCGUGCAGCCGCAGCAGGCGAUGCUGCCUGGAUCGCCUCUGCGACGCCUGGCGGCGUCACACCUCCGCGCAUGGGCGCCGCCGAGGCAGCUCGACGCACGCCCAUCUUGCUGCCCGGCUCCUCUUCUCGCACGCAUGCAGAGCAGCCUGCAGAGGCGGUGACGCAGCCAUCACCGCGUCGCAACGCCACGCCGAGCGCCGGCGAGCUGUUCGAGCAGAUCACGCGUGCCGACUGGCGUCGCCUGCUCGGUGCACAGCUGUGGCGCAACUCGUCGGAGAGGGGCGUCGUGCAAAGCGCCGCGCUGGCCGUUCUCGUCGCUGCGCGUGUCUUGGGCUGUAAGAGCCGCGAGACAGCGCCUCGGCAAGACCCAGGCGACGACGACACCACGAUGGAGCCAGCCGGCUUUCCAUUUGCUCGACUGCCGCUCGAGCUGCGUCUGUCCGUGCUGCGCCACCUCGACGAGCGGCACGUGCUGUCGGAGCCGCAGUUCGGACGCAUCGUCGCGUGGGCCAGCGAUGCCUCGACGAUCGGCUAUGGCUGUGGGUUCGGCCUGUCUGUGCCUCGCCUCGAUCUUCCAUCGCCAGCUGAGCGCGAGACGGCCACGCAGAGCCUGCUGCCGACGCAUGCAUGGGACUGGCACGCAAGUCUGCGUCGCUCGGCGCCGCGAGACUGGGAGGCAGAGCUGCUCGACAAGCCAAAGGACAACCUGGGCGAGGGAUGGGGCGGCGGAGGCGGGCCUGAUGGCACGGGAGGCGCAAAGCCGACGAAGAAGAGAGAGGUCAAGCCGGGCAUGGCGGCCUUCUGGGAGAUGACGGGCACGGAGACGCCGGAGUGAGAAGGCACAGGGCAGCGAGGGUUGAGAGACGUUCACGCGAUACCACACCAUCAUCGAGCCAAUACAGCACGUCACCACGAG